AAUUAGCAAUUUCUUAACUGACAAUGAAAGCAAAUAGAGCGCAGUUAUUGUUAACUUAAGGGUGUCACCAUAAUACAAUUUUAAAAAGUUAAAUGCAUAUAUAGAAAAGAGAUACAUGCGGUUUCCCAGUGCCCAGGAAAAUAAAGGUAUGGAGACCUCCGCAGGGCCAGAAAAAAAAAAUGGCAAUUAUGAGUGAUGAGCCUUCGGAUUUGAAGCUAACAACCUUGUCAACCCGGUCGAAUUUGUCCUUGAGCUUUAUCCCAAAAAGACUGGAGCCGGCGUGGUUACCCAUCACCCACACUGGGUAGAGAGAAAGGAGUCAGCCACCCAAGAGCAUCACAACAUGUGUCCCCCUUCAAGCACGAGUCUUGCGGGCCCUGGCCCAAGCCACCUGUCACCAGGUGUGCUUCGAGGACUUACGCAGGAAAAAAGAACACCGCCGCGAAGACUCCGAAGUGACUAGAACCUCCCAGGAUAGUGAGAGAAACAUCGGAGGAAGACUGAUACUGGUGGCUGGGUAGAAUACCUGUAGAAAGGAAGAAAAGGAAGGGAUGUGCCCUCAAAAUGUAAGGGAGGGUGACUGACUUGGAUAGACUACCCACAGGAAGGAAAAAAAAUGGUAAUAGUCCGGAGAGAAAGGAAGAAUCUCUAUUAGUCGCCUUUUACUACACGCAGGGAAUAAGGUGGUGGAAUUCUUUCAUCCCCCAACCACAGAGGAGAAGUAGAAGGCCUAGGGUGAUGGCAGGGUGUGACAGGGAUGCCUCUUUCUUUACUGAUGUCCUCUGCCUCUUAGCACACAGCAAGGCCAAGCUGACAGCAGGAGGAACAGUGCCUUCUGAUCUUGAGUCUCACACCAAUGGCUUAGCAGAGCAGGAGGAAGUGGAGGAAGAGGAGAUAGUGGAUGUAGAGGAGGAGGAGGAUGAGAAAGAGCCUGCACCUGCCCAAGCCCUGAAUGAGGCUCAGGCACUCUUGAAGAAGGUGGAAGGGAAGAGAAAAAGUCUGGAGCAAGAGCUGGACAGAGUAAACACACAGAUUGCAGAGGUGAUGAGUGGCAAUGAAGAGUUGAAGGCAGAGAUCAAGAAGGCACAGAACAAGGCAGAAGAGGUCAACUUAGGUCAUCUGCAGUUUGUCCAGACCCAGGAACACAGAGCAGAUACCUUGACCAAGGAAAUCAACAAGUUCCUCAGCAUGGAGAUGAAGGUGUUGGAGCAGGAGGCAGAGGACCUGAGUGCUGCCCAGCGGAACACCACGGCUGCCCUCGCUUCGGACACCAGGGAGUGGCAUGCCCUCACAGCACACCUCAGGAAGAAGGAGAGAGAGGUGUACCAGGAGCUGUGGAGAGUGGAGGACGAUUCUACAUUACUGGGGGAGAAGAGUGAAUGCUGGCGGAAGGCUGAGGCAACAAGCAGGAGGAUGGGCGAGGAGGAGGGAGACAGCCACCGACAAGCACUCACAGCCCUUGACACCCUGACCCAAGACUUCACGCAGGUCAACGCAAGGGCCGGGAAAGUGUGCCUCUCCCUUGCGUCCCACUGCCUCCUCCCCUCUCAUUCUGUCACCUCUUCCGCUGGCAAUUCUUCUUCCUCUCCUCCUGCCUAAUUUAUUUUUAUUUUUUUUAUUUCUUCUGUAUUUUCCCUUCUUCCUCCUCCUUCUCCUCCUAUUACACUCAUACCUCUUAAUGUGCCACAUGUGUUUACUUUCUUCAUUAAUACUUGAUGAAUGCAAAAGGAAAAUAAUGAAUGAAUGUCUCCAGAAGGUUAAUUGUCUCUGUGAUAUUGGUCAGCGGCUAAUGUUCUAUACAAUUGUUUGACUUACUAAUGGAUUACUAUUUUUUUAUGUUAUUUGCAUAUUAUCGUUAAGGCGUCAUGUCGUAAAUAAAAGACACUUACAUCUGCUUGUCCAUUUUGAUCAUUAUUGUAGAAAAAGAAGUGAGGUGCCUGCAUAUAUACUUCUAACUCAUUCCUAUCUCAUCCCUGUAUGCUAUUUUUCAUUUUUCUAUUUAUCUCCAGCAUCCUUCGAUCCCUCAUUACCUUUUCUCUCCUUUCUAUUCUUCCCUUCAUAUCUUUCCUUUUUUUCCCUCAUCAUCAUUCUUCGUUCCUUGCUGUCUUCCCUCUUCUUCCUAUCCCUCCCUCCUUCUCUUUCCUCUCCUUUCUAUUCUUUCCUAGCAUUCUUCCCUUCAUAUCUUUCCUUUUUUUCCCUCCCCAGCAUCCUUCUCUCCUUGCUGUCUUUCCUCUUAAUUCUUCCUAUCCCUCCCUCCUUAUCAUUCCUCUCCUUUCUAUUCUUCCCUUCAUAUCUUUCCUUUUUUUCCCUCCCCAGCAUCCUUCUCUCCUUGCUGUCUUUCCUCUUAAUUCUUACUAUCCCUCCCUCCUUCUCUUUCCUCUCCUUUCUAUUCUUCCCUUCAUAUCUUUAUUUUUUUUUCCCUCCCCAGCAUCCUUCUCUCCUUGCUGUCUUUCCUCUUAAUUCUUACUAUCCCUCCCUCCUUCUCUUUCCUCUCCUUUCUAUUCUUUCCUUCAUAUCUUUCCUUUUUUUCCCUCCCCAGCAUCCUUCUCUCCUUGCUGUCUUUCCUCUUAAUUCUUACUAUCCCUCCCUCCUUCUCUUUCCUCUCCUUUCUAUUCUUCCCUUCAUAUCUUUCCUUUUUUUCC